CUUCACAUCACAGAACACAAAAUUUACUCAUUCAUAUUCUGCAUUCUCAAACUCUUUUUCAUCCUAUUUCUCUCAAUUCUCAUGGCUAUACAAUCACCUUCCUCAUCCACUUCAUUUUCCUAUGGAUUCACUUACCAAGUGUUCAUCAGUUUUAGGGGCACUGACACUCGGCACGGUUUUACCGGAAAUCUCUACAAGGCUCUUACUGACAAGGGAAUCCAUACCUUCAUUGAUGACAAUGAUCUUCAAAGAGGAGAUGAAAUCACACCAUCACUCCUCAAGGCCAUUGAUGAAUCUAGGAUUUUUAUUCCUGUGUUUUCUCUCAACUAUGCAUCUUCUUCAUUUUGUUUGGACGAACUUGUCCACAUAAUUCACUGCUACGAGACAAAGGGUCGCCUCGUUUUGCCUGUUUUCUUCGGUGUGGAACCAACUAAUGUGAGACAUCAUAAAGGUAGUUAUGGCAAAGCAUUGGCUGAGCAUGAAAAGAGGUUUCAAAAUGAUCCGAAAAACAUGGAGAGGUUGCAGGGAUGGAAAGAGGCUCUGAGCCAGGCUGCUAACUUGUCCGGCUACCAUGAUAGUCCUCCCAGAUAUGAAUACAAGUUUAUUGAAGAGAUAGUCAAAUACAUCUCCAACAAGAUCAGUCGUCAGCCCUUACAUGUUGCCAAUUACCCUGUUGGAUUACAGUCUCAAGUACAAAGAGUGAAAUCAAUUCUUGAUAAUGGAUCUGAUGAUGGGGUCCAUAUGGUUGGAAUUUUUGGGAUUGGAGGCUUGGGAAAAUCAACACUUGCAAGAGCAAUCUAUAAUUUGGUUGCUGAUCAAUUUGAAGGUUUAUGUUUUCUUCAUAAUGUGAGAAUGAAUUCAGCUAAAAAUAACUUGGAACAUCUCCAAGAGAAGCUCCUUUUUAAAACAACUGGAUCGGAAAUUAAUUUAGACCAUGUUAGUGACGGAAUUCCAAUCAUUAAGGAAAGGCUAUGUAGAAAGAAGAUUCUUUUGAUUCUCGACGAUGUUGACAAACUGGAUCAGCUACAGGCUUUGGCUGGAGGACUCGAUUGGUUUGGUCCUGGAAGCAGAGUCAUCAUCACCACCCGAGAUAAACACUUACUAGACCAUCAUGGGAUAGAAAAAACGUAUGCAGUAAAAGGGUUGAAUGGGACAGAAGCUCUUGAAUUGUUGAGGUGGAUGGCUUUUAAAAGUGACAAUGUUCCAUCAAGGUACAAAGAGAUUUUAAGUCGUGCAGUUUCAUAUGUUUCUGGCCUUCCGUUAGUUAUAGAAAUAGUGGGUUCUAACUUGUUUGGAAAGAACAUAGAAGAAUGGAAGUAUAUAUUAGAUGGGUAUGACAGGAUUCCCAAUAAAGAGAUCCAAAAGAUACUUAGAGUGAGCUAUGAUGCUUUGGAAGAAGAGGAGCAAAGUGUCUUUCUGGACAUUGCUUGUUGCUUCAAAGGACAUGGAUGGGAAGAUGCCAAAUAUAUGCUUCAUGCUCAUUAUGGCCAUUCCAUAACACAUCAUCUAGCAGUGUUGGCUGAAAAAUCUCUCAUAAACCAAUAUAGGGAAUAUGGUUGUGUGACAUUACAUGACUUGAUAGAGGACAUGGGUAAAGAAGUCGUCCGACAAGAAUCAACUAAAGAGCCUGGAGAAAGAAGUAGGUUAUGCUGUCAGGAUGAUAUAACUCGGGUUUUAAGAGAAAACACUGGAACUAGUAAAAUUGAAAUGAUAUAUAUGAAUCUCCACUCCAUGGAAUCCGUGAUAGACAAGAAAGGAAAGGCCUUCAAGAAGAUGACAAAACUCAAAACAGUUAUCAUUGAAAAUGGCCAUUUUUCUGAAGGUCUCAAGCAUCUACCAAGAAGUUUGAGUGUAUUGAAAUGGAAGGGAUGUUUAUCGAAGUGUCUGUCAACUAGUAUUUUAAACAAGAAGUUCCAGAAUAUGAAAAUCUUGACAUUGGACGAUUGUGAAUAUUUAACACAUAUACCCGAUGUCUCAAGCCUUUCAAAUUUAGAAAAGUUAUCGUUUGAACAUUGUAAGAAUUUAAUUACAAUUCACAAUUCGAUUGGACACCUAAGUAAACUUGAAAGGUUAAGUGUAACUGGUUACAGAAAGCUCAAACAUUUUCCACCUUUAGGUUUGGCAUCUCUUAAGGAACUUAAUCUCAUGGGUGGCUCGUGUCUCGAAAAUUUUCCAGAAUUAUUAUGCAAGAUGGCACAUAUAAAAGAGAUUGAUAUAUUUUAUAUUUCCAUAGGAAAACUGCCAUUUUCAUUUCAAAAUCUCAGUGAACUUGAUGAGUUCACAGUGUCAUAUGGAAUCCUGAGGUUCCCAGAACAUAAUGAUAAGAUGUAUUCAAUAGUGUUUUCAAAUAUGACAAAGCUUUCUCUCUUCGAUUGCUACCUCUCAGAUGAAUGUCUCCCAAUACUUCUCAAGUGGUGUGUUAAUAUGACAUAUCUAGAUUUAUCAUAUAGCGAUUUCAAAAUUCUUCCAGAGUGCCUUAGUGAAAGUCACCAUCUUGUGGAAAUUAUUGUGAGGUACUGCAAGUCCCUUGAGGAAAUUAGAGGGAUUCCACCAAAUCUUGGAAGUCUCUAUGCUUAUGAAUGCAAAUCAUUGAGUUCAUCAUGUAGAAGAAUGUUAAUGAGUCAGCAACUACAUGAGGCUCGAUGCACUCGUUUUGAUUUCCCAAACGGAACAGAGCUGGGGAUACCAGAUUGGUUUGAGCACCAAAGCAGGGGAGACACAAUUUCUUUUUGGUUUCAUAAAGAAAUCCCUUCUAUAUCUUGUAUUUUUAUUCUUCCGGAACGCCGUUGGGCCUCAAAUUUCAGUUUAUAUGUGAAUGGAUAUGAAAUUGAGAUAGGUUGUUAUCGCUCUCAACGUUUGUUCCCGGACCAUAUAACUUUGUUUGAUAUGAAAUUGGAAGAACUCUGUAAAGGACAACACAUGUAUAAUAUGGACAAAGGACUUUUGAAAAGUGAAUGGAUCCAUGUGGAGUUUAGGUCGAAGGAUCACGAGAAUAGUGUUUAUGCACAAAUGGGAAUCCACGUGUGGAAUGAGAAAAGCAACACGGAGGAGGAGAAUGUGGUAUUCACAGAUCCUUAUCUUAAAAAGCAAAGAUUGGUGGAAGUGGGAGUUUCUGUUGAGAAUAUGGAUCAGAACCUAUUAUUAGAGUUUGUUGUAGUAUUUAUGGUUAUGACUGUUAUGAUUUUAAUUAUAGGAAUUAUGGGAGGUUAUAGAUUUAUGUUGUCUGUUACAAAUUUAUAGGCAGUUUUUCUUUUGUUUAUUUCUGAUUAUGAAUUUCUUGUAUUUAAAGGUUGUUAGAAGGAAUGAAAUUUGUGUGUUUCAGUUUUCAGAA